AUGUAUUGGAAGCAUAUCUUCACCACAGCUGCCCUUCUCGCAGUGCCGGGGAUCAGCUGGCCAUAUGAUGAGUCUCUCACAGAUUAUAACAUCAAUGAGAAUCAAACAACAACUGACCCUCUGGAGUACUGGGGAGAAUGGCCUGACCACGACUACUUCCCCUCGCCGGACAAUUGGCGCUUUCCUGUAUAUACGCUUUUCCUCGAUCGAUUUGUGAAUGGCGAUCCAACAAACGAUAAUAUUAAUGGGACCCUCUUUGAACAUGAUAUUAGUUCGAAUCAAAUGCGACACGGCGGUGAUAUUGCUGGUCUACUGGAUACUCUGGACUAUCUACAAGGAAUGGGCAUCAAAGGCAUCUAUCUUGCAGGACUAGUGUUGAUGAAUCAGCCAUGGGGCUCAGACGGCUAUUCAGCACUUGACACAACACUCUUGGACCAACAUUUCGGAACUGUUCAGACCUGGAGGGAUGCCAUUACAGAAAUCCACAGUCGUGGGAUGUAUGUCAUUUUUGACAACACCGUUGCUACGUUGGGAGAUCUCAUCGGAUUUGAAGAGUAUAUGAAUACAACCACACCCUUUUCCAUGCAGGAGCACAAAGCAUCUUGGAAGUCCGAUCGUCACUAUGUUGAUUUCAGGUAUGGCAACUCCUACAACGAAACCUGCGUGUAUCCUCGCUUUUGGAAUGAAACCGGCUACCCCGUGGAUCAGUACGUUCUCAAUGAGCUUGGUGGUUGCUAUGACAGUGAUUUUGAUCAGUAUGGCGAUAUCGAGGCCUUUGGUGUGUUCCCUGACUGGCAACGAGAGCUAGCCAAAUUUGCAUCUGUGCAAGACAGGCUACGCGAGUGGGUUCCCAGUGUCAGAGAGAGACUCAUCCGCCAUUCUUGUAUGAUCAUCGCCUCUUUCGACAUCGAUGGGUUCCGCUACGACAAAGCUACACAGGCUACUGUCGACGCUUUGGGAGAUAUCUCUGGGGCGUAUCGAGAUUGUGCUCGUCGCGUUGGAAAACACAACUUUUUUCUCCCCGGUGAAGUAACCAGUGGGAACACACUGGGCUCUAUUUUCCAUGGGCGAGGUCGACAACCUGAUAUGCAACCAGAGACUCUUGAAGAGGCGUUUCGAAUGACGAACUCAUCUGAUUCAUCCUUUUUCAUUCGUGAUCAAAACCAACAGGCCAUCGAUGCAGCAGCAUUUCACUACUCGGUCUACCGCUCUCUCACUCGCUUCCUCGGUAUGGACGGUAAUCUGGCUGCCGGCUAUGAUAUCCCAGUCAACUGGACUGAGGCCUGGUAUCAGAUGGUCCUCACCAAUGACAUGGUCAAUGCCAAUACGGGCAAGUUUGAUCCUCGUCAUAUGUACGGAGCCACAAAUCAAGACGUGUUCCGGUGGCCAGCAGUAGAGUAUGGAGUUGAACGGCAGCUCUUGGCCUUGUUCAUCACCACAUUGCACAUGCCUGGCAUUCCGUUGCUCCUAUGGGGAGAAGAACAAGCAUUCUAUGUUUUGGACGCUUCAGCUGCCAAUUACAUCUAUGGUCGUCAAGCCAUGUCCCCUGCUACUGCCUGGAGAUCCCACGGGUGCUUCCAGUUGAAUUCUACUCAAUAUUUCCAAUGGCCUAUCAAGUCCGGGCGAUUAGGUUGUACCGAUGAGACGGUCACGUAUGAUCAUCGCGACCCGGCUCACCCGGUACGAAAUGUUAUCAAACAUAUGUAUCAGAUGCGACAGGAUUUCGGUGCUUUGAAUGAUGGAUGGUGGGUUCAAACGCUUUCUAACCAAACCAACAACAUAUAUCUCCCCGGAUCGAAUGGGGUGCCCACCGAAACUGGGAUGUGGUCUGUUCUGCGCAGUCCAUAUUAUCAGAUGCAAGACCUAGGAGAAAUGGGAAACCAGACUGUGUGGCUUGUCUACCAGAAUAGUAAUCGCACGGUAGAUUAUGAGUUUGAUUGCUCUGAUCCGAACGCUGCUCUCAUUGCUCCCUUUGAUGUCAACACCACAGUCAAGAAUCUUUUCUACCCACAUGAGGAGAUCACUCUUCAAGAGGGCCCAAUUAAACUUGGUUUGAAUGGCUCUACCAAAUACAAUGGCUGUCUAGACCUUGUCACCAUGAAGCCUUACGAGUUUAGGGCCUACAUCCCGAAAGAUAAAUUCCUUCCUCCUCGCCCUAUGAUCACCAAGUUCUUGCCAGGCCAUGAUGUCCCCUUGCUAUCUGCAGUAUCUCCCGGAGAAAGUGAGUCGAUGGAAAUCAGCCUCUUUUUCAACACUGAGAUGAACUGUACGAUGGUGACCGACUCAAUAUCGCUCGAGUCGAAAACUGAAACUGGAGAGGUUCCUUCUCUGGACCUCAACAGCGUCACUUGCGAAACAUUGGAGGCCGAGAGUAUUACUUGGACUGGGCAAAUUCCAUCCACCUGGGCCUGGAGAGCUACACUGACUGGCAUAUACAAUGGUGUGCAUCGUCUCACUGUCAACAACGCCACAACGACCGACGGAAGGACCACCAAUGCGGUCGACCAUUUCCUAGUUCGGAUUGGACAACAAGACAAUCCAAUGAUAUUUACUUCGGCAAACUACUCUCGCAGUCUCCUUCAUGGACACCAGAAUGGCACCCUCUUCAUCCGUCAACAUGCAGCUGGAGCAGAUAAGUACCGAUAUUCAACCAACUGGGGGAGCACCUAUUCCAAGUGGCUACCAUACGAGGGAGGAAACCAUACAAUUGAGGAGCUUCCAUGGUCGGGUACAAAGAAGCAGAAGUGGGAUGGAAAGCAUGUUCGCGUCGAGUACUGGAGCCGUUUCACGGGCAGUAGCGACUACGUGCAAGAGGGUGACGGUCCUGGCUGGAAUUCUGCAAUUCAACGUCGAUUCCCCCACCUCUUCUUCAAUGGCCCUUUCAAUGAAUACGGAUAUGAUGCCGGUCUAGAUAACGUUGUGAGGCAAGAUGAAGACGGUAUCUGGAAGUUCCGCUUCAUGGCUGAGUGGCCUGCUCAAGGCCAAUUGAAUGUGUGGGGUAUCAACCCUGAUGGCCAGCCAGAUCAAAGCUAUAUCUAUGGAGACUCUGAUGGAGACUCAAUUCUUGAUCGUCUUCCGCCUUCGUCGUUGAGUGUUACCAGCAUCAACAUCACACAUCAUCCGCCCAAUCCGCACCUUGCUUGGAGAAUCCAUGUGGAUGACUCCAACCUGCAAUUCAAGCUUGUACCUGCAGGAUCCAAAUACACUCAGAUGGCUCUCUUUUUCUUGCUCUGGAUUGUUCCUGUGAUCACAGCAUCGACCUGCGCCUAUGUUUUCAUGAAGACAUUUUAUCGGAUCAAGUUCAACCAGAUCGGCGUAAGUGAGAAGAAGACACUGAUCUCAAUGGACUUUGUCAACAAAUUCAAGAUUCCUUCAAUGGAGGCUGGUCAGUCUAGAAAUCCUCUGGUUCGUUUUGCCAAUAAGUCGAAGUUCCUUCAGAGUAGCUCGGCGUUUGGCAAUCGAACAUCCCAUCGACGAAAGGUUCUUAUCGCCACAAUGGAGUACGAUAUCGACGACUGGGCCAUUAAGAUCAAAAUCGGUGGCUUGGGGGUGAUGGCACAGCUAAUGGGUAAGCAACUUGGACACCAAGACCUGAUCUGGGUCAUUCCAUGUGUUGGCGGAGUGGACUAUCCUAUUGAUAAACCGGCGGACUCAAUGUUUGUCAUGAUUCUAGGGAAUUCCUACGAGAUCAAGAUUCAAUAUCAUCAAUUGAGGAACAUAACCUACGUUCUUUUGGAUGCCCCUGUCUUCCGCCAACAAUCCGUUACAGAGCCCUACCCGGCUCGCAUGGAUGACCUCGAUAGCGCAAUAUAUUACUCAGCCUGGAAUCAGUGCAUCGCGCAGACUAUGGAACGUUUCCCCGUCGAUAUGUAUCACAUCAAUGAUUAUCACGGCUCAAUCGCUCCAUUGUAUCUGCUCCCCGAGACUAUCCCGAUUUGCUUAUCACUCCAUAAUGCCGAAUUCCAGGGCUUAUGGCCCAUGCGGACCCAGAAAGAGAAGACAGAGGUGUGUUCGGUGUUUAAUCUCGAUCUAGAUGUUGCCACACGCUACGUUCAGUUCGGUGAAGCUUUCAACUUGUUACAUGCCAGUGCAAGCUAUCUCCGUCUUCACCAGCAAGGUUUCGGAGCAGUAGGCGUCUCAAAGAAAUACGGCAAGCGCUCUUAUGCUCGCUAUCCCAUCUUCUGGGGCUUGCGAAAAGUCGGAAACCUCCCAAACCCUGAUCCUUCCGACACGGGUGAAUGGAAUCGGGAAUUGCCCAAAGAAAGCGACAUCAACGUCGAUAACGAAUAUGAAACUCGCAGGGCAGAACUCAAGCGUCAGGCUCAAGAGUGGGCUGGUAUUGAACAAAGUCCUAAUGCCGAUCUAUUGGUUUUUGUCGGAAGAUGGUCAAUGCAAAAAGGCAUCGACUUAAUCGCAGACGUGUUACCCAGUGUCUUAGAGACACGGCCAAAUGUUCAACUCAUCUGCAUCGGGCCUUUGAUUGACUUAUAUGGCAAGUUUGCUGCAUUGAAACUGGACCGAAUGAUGAAGUUAUAUCCGGGUCGGGUAUGCUCAAAACCUCAAUUCACAGUCUUGCCACCAUUCAUCUUCUCCGGUGCCGAGUUUGCACUGAUUCCUUCAAGAGAUGAGCCAUUCGGCCUUGUCGCAGUUGAAUUUGGGAGAAAAGGUGCUCUUGGAAUUGGCGCGAGGGUGGGCGGGCUUGGACAGAUGCCAGGGUGGUGGUAUACAGUUGAAUCGACAACCACCUCGCACUUGUUAAGGCAGUUCAAACUCGCCAUUGACAGCGCCUUGAAUUCCAAACCCGAGGUCAGGGCACUGAUGCGUGCAAGAUCCGCCAAACAACGGUUCCCGGUUGCCCAAUGGGUUGAAGAUUUGGAGAUUCUUCAGUCAACAUCCAUCCGAGUCCAUUAUAAGGAACGCGCCAAAGCUCAGAAUCAGUACACUGCGGCGGGUGCAUACAAUGCGAUUUAUGGAAUGAUGACUCCGCAGUCUGCAUCUACAAGAUCGGGUGCAUCAACGCCUCCGAUGCAACCAUCGAGUCGUCCAGGAACAAUGGGGUCGCUGCAGCGAAGCUCAAUCAUAUACAGUCGGGAUCCGAGUCCAGGGGCUGAUUCCAGACCCAAAUCGGGGCUCAGUCGUCAGAUGUCGUUUGGAAUUCGACCAGUGUCAAGUAAUGCCGAGCCUAGUGGCAGACGCGAACUUGGGAAAGGAAAUGUUUUUGAGCAUGAUGAUAGCACUGGCAGAGCAUCUCCAGAGGCUGAAGAAGACAGCGAUGAAGAUUUGAUGGCAACCUGCUAUGACGACGAUGACUAUCCCAUUUCUUCUGAUGGGACGGAUACAGGACGUGGGCAGAACCCUCAAUCUCCUGGUGUUGCGCUCACCAAGGAAGCUCUCUUAGCGCGUCAGUUGGCUCGAUCCAACAACACCCCGUCAAGUUCGACAGCGCCCAGUACAGCUGGAACAGAUGACACUCUUAUCCCGCCUUCGCGGUCAUGGGCUGGGCCAGGAAGUCGGUUAAGUAGCUCAUCAGCUCUGUCCGUUGAUUCUGUUGUUGGAGAGAAGAAGGAUUUCAAACUUCAAAAGGUCAACCCAUUCUUCACAGACAGCAACGGCGAAUACUAUAAAGUGUUCGAAAAGAGACUUGAGGACCUAAACGGAACUAACAGCGACAAUCAGCUCUGCAUUGAGCAAUAUCUCGAGAAAAGCGAAAAGAAAUGGUUCAACAAAUUCCGCGAUGCACGCCUGGGUCUCAACCAGGGAUCUCCAAUAGGUUCAAUGCACGGCGGCAAAGGAGGUUCUCAGACUGGAUCUAUCACCAACGACGACGCAACAUCGCAUGAGACUGGCACGCAUGAGAGAAAGGACAGCCCACCGGAUGAAUUCAUGCUCGGUGCUAACUACGUGCCACCAACAGGCCUGAAGAAGUGGAUGCAAAUGCGCCUCGGGGAAUGGCCUGUAUAUUCUCUAUUCCUGGGACUGGGCCAGAUCAUCGCAGCCAAUUCCUACCAGAUUACUCUCUUGACUGGUGAAGUAGGCCAGACUGCUGCAAAGCUAUAUGGAAUCGCGUCCGUGUACUUGAUCACCUCGAUUUUGUGGUGGUUCUUUUUCCGCUUCUGGAAAUCAGUACAUGUUCUAACUCUGCCCUGGUUUCUGUACGGAACUGCUUUUAUGAUUAUUGGCAUGGCUCACUUCGAGCCUAAUGCGCAUAUCCGAGGGUGGAUCCAGAACAUUGGAAGUGCGAUCUAUGCUGCUGCUUCUUCGAGUGGAUCGAUCUUUUUCGCUCUGAAUUUCGGCGAUGAGAGUGGUGCUCCUGUCAAGCAGUGGGUAUUCCGGGCGUGUCUGAUUCAAGGCACGCAGCAGGCAUAUGUUAUUGCUCUUUGGUACUGGGGCUCGACUUUGACGAAAGCAAGCAGUGCCGGUAAUACUAAUUCUCAGGGGAGCAUCACCAACACCUGGAAAAUGACAGCUAUCUGUACCCCUAUCACGAUAUUCUUAUGGAGUAUUGGUUUGCUCAUCUACUUUGGUCUGCCAAACUACUACCGUCAAACACCCGGCAAAGUCCCAUCAUUCUACAAAUCUGUCUUCCGACGCAAGAUUGUUCUCUGGAAUUGGGUUGUGGUCAUUCUCCAGAACUUCUUCCUCAGUGCCCCAUAUGGUCGAAACUGGAACUUCCUCUGGAUAUCCAAACACGCCAGCGGCUGGCAAAUCCUACUUCUCUGCGUACUAUUCUUCGGCUUUGUCUGGAUAGUAGUCCUCUUCAUUCUAGCCAGACUAUCAAAGUCCCACAGCUGGAUCCUACCAGUAGUAGCCUGUGGGUUAGGCGCACCACGCUGGGCCCAGAUAUGGUGGGGAACAUCUUCAUCAGGCCUGUUCCUCCCCUGGGCCGGAAGCUACACGGCAGGAGCAUUAGUCUCGCGCAGUCUAUGGCUCUGGCUGGGUGUCCUGGAUGCACUUCAAGGUCUAGGGUUUGGCAUGAUUCUUCUGCAAACACUGACGCGGAUGCAUAUUUGCUUCACGCUUCUUGUGUCCCAAGUCAUUGGCUCUGUUGCAACUAUGUGUGCUAGGUCUUUUGCGCCGAACAAUAUUGGCCCUGGGCCUAUUUCUCCUGAUAUCACUGCUGGGGUUGGGGCGUUGGCUAACGCUUGGUUCUGGGUUGCGCUCUUGUUGCAGCUUUUAAUUUGUUGUGGCUUUCUUAUGUUCUUCCGACGGGAACAACUUUCGAAGCCUUGA